AUGCCUCUCUUCGAUCUUGGAUCACUCUUCCUCGACCAUGUCGUCUUCAUCACCAACCUCGUCUACAUGAAUAUCGCCUUGACUAAUGCCGAGCCCAGUCUGCUGUUCCCUCUUUAUGUUGUAUCUAAACUGCUGGCUCGAGGACCAGAAGAUUGGGAUUCCCCUACAGCGAAAUGGCCACCGCCCGUCCCCAAAUGGUAG